AUGGUCCUCCACAAUCCGAACAACUGGCAUUGGGUGAAUAAAGACGUCAGAGAGUGGGCUCGACAGUAUCUAGAACAAUCUCUUGUUGGGACAUCCUCUGAACAGGGGGAUGUCUCCGCCACUGUUUCAAAGAUAUUGAGCAUGGAUGGAGAUGUGGACGUCAGCCAGCGAAAGGGCAAAGUGAUCACACUGUUCGACGUGAAGCUACAGAUGGAGUACCAAGGCUCGGCCAAGGAUGAAGAGGAUGUCAGCGGGACUAUCACAGUCCCAGAGGUAGCACAUGAUACGGAGGAAGAUGAGUACGUCUUCGACAUAGACAUCUACUCAGACUCUUCUUCCAAACAGCCUGUGAAGGAUUUGGUUCGGUCCAGAGUAGUUCCUCAACUUCGACAAAAGUUGUCUCAACUUGGUUCCGCCCUCAUCGCUGAACAUGGCAAAGAUCUUCAGCAUGCGACUGGCGCAUCACCCUCUCUGCAGCCCACGACCAUCACUACUUCCUCCACUGCCUCCCAAGCGAACGCCAAGCCUGCCACCGCCAAAUCUGCUCCCAAAACAACCACAACCAACACACUUGGCCAUCCCUCUGUGAAUACUACGUCACUAACGUCGAACGAAGAAUUCCGUACCACUGCUUUAGAACUCUACAAAACAUUCACCGACGCUACCCGCAUCGCCGCUUUCACGCGUGCUCCUCCGAAGCUGUUCGAAGGCGCUCACAAGGGUGGCAAGUUCGAACUCUUCGGGGGUAACGUUUCUGGUGAAUAUCUAACUCUUGAAGAGCCUACGAAGAUCGUUCAGAAAUGGCGAUUAGGGCAGUGGGUGGAAGGACAUUACUCGACGUUGACAAUAGGGUUUGAUCAGAAUGAUUCAGAUGCCGUGACUGUCAUGAGGGUUCAAUGGGAUGGGGUGCCUGUGGGACAGGAAGAGGUUACAAGAAGAAAUUGGGGCGAGUACUACGUGAGGAGUAUCAAGACUACUUUCGGCUUUGGCACUGUUCUGUAA